AUGACCACCUCUGAUAUCGAGAAACUCCAAUUAACUCCAAGGAAGCUGCAAAUAGCUUCAACCGAAAGUGAAUGCAGACUUACAAGAAUUAAUGAGACAGAAACUGGAGAUGUGACUCCGACGCCGCUGGCUUGUGUCACAAGACCUCAGGAGGAAGUAAUUUUUCACGAUGGACCCGAAGCAGCUGCUGUGACUAACUCGACCAACCGUAUGCCAACUCGGCCGGCCACUGCAGAAAUGGCACCGCGUGCCAUGCGUCCGGAGCGAUUCUCUUUUGCUCUUUCCAGCAGCAUACCUUGCAAAGCGUCACUUUCGGUCAGGCCACUGGAAUUUGGCGAGUGCAAUUUUAGGGGUACGGAGAGUCGUUCUCUUCGAUCCCAUUCGGACACCAAUAUUACAACUGUGGACACAUCGUCACCAAUUAUAAUUCGAACCUCCUGCAUGACCAAAGACAACUCUACGGAAGGCGACCAUCGUGCUGGAAGUGAAGGGUCGGUGGAAUGCCUUGAAGCAAACAUUGAGGAACGUGGAUUUUCGGCCUCCCUAGAUAAUCUAAAGGACUCUUCUUAUUGUAUUGUUCUUAAUAAUCCCUUUACAAAAGUAAAAAAUGACCGUACCGAAGCAUUCCACAAGAACCAGCUCAGUUUUCGAACUGUUACCGAGUCGUCUGAAGGAGAAAACAGCACCGAUCGGGAAUUGCAUGCUGUGAAGAAUUUAGAGAAGCAGACUGCAGUCUUUGGAAAUGUAAGGCCCAGAUGCGAUUGCUGCAUGUUGUGCCCAGGAGGAAAUCAAAUUCUACUACCCACGAGGACGCCGGGGGUUCGUUGUGUUUGCCUCAGCGGCCUUUGCUCAUGCUACAAGCAACAUGCGGCGUCGGUGGUUAAUUUACCGAGUUUACGGAAAAGCCGAAGAACGCCCGGUCUCGACGAAAUCAGCUACGAUUUUAUGCGUGCCAGCGGAGCUAUUUCUGGUUAUGUGAGACUCAGAAUGACUCACGUUUGUCAUUUUACAGGAUUCUCUCAAUUGCGUAGCGUCAAAGGAAUGAAACUUGAUCGCGAAAAACAGGAAAUGUGCUCUGUGCUUUCACCGUCUGUAGCAGCAAAGCUUGACAAUCGCGGAGCCGUUGCUGUCCUCGCAGCAAGCACUCGUCCACGGCUCAUCUCCAGAAUGCACAAGAAACCCAACAAGGCACACUCCUCUCAGGAAGCACCGACCACCUUACAUCCCGCCCCAUGGGCCAGCAGCUUUGACAGUAGCUGCAACAUGCAACACCAGUCCCAGGACGAUGAACUCACGCGCUGUGCGUCAAUUAGAACUGACGACACUCCCCCUCCUCCACAAACAACUAAGCAGUCCUCUCUCAUAAACCGCCCAACCCAGAAAAACACCCCAAAUCCAGAGACACUUGGCGGUGUCAAGAACUGCAAACCUUCAAGCGUGGUUGACUCUGACGACUGCGUUCCCGUCUGCUCAACACCGAAGGACUCCGUCGAGCAAGAAGUCGCUGAGGAAGAUGAAGAAGGCACGAUAACAAACUCAUCCGAUGUGACUCGACCAAAGCGUCCUUAUUAUUGCCAAAAGGCUCAAAAGUUUCGCAAUAGCUGGAGAACACAGUCCUUAGAAAGUCCCAAAACUGGCGCUGGUCGUGGCAUCGUGCGCGAAAGGUCGCUCACCAUGGUUGAAUCUCAAUCUGAGAGCGAUAGCAAAGACACCAAUGCAACAGCGGAGGACCGAACAGCUCAAGUAACAGUCUACUUAACACGGGGCGCAAGGAACCCAGUUAAAACCAUUCUUGUCAAUCACACAGCUAACAAUAUGUCGGCGAUAAAUGCGGCCCGUCUGCGUGCACGAAGACAAAAAACCUUCUCAAAUAGGAAUCAGUGGAAAUCAGUUCAGCUUUCCCCCACACAUGAUGGCGACAUUGAAAAACACUAUUGGCGAGGCGAAACUUUUAUUUGCAAUGCUCAUCUUUAUACGGAUUUGACUGUUAAUCGUUUUGUGUGCGUCACAUAUGAAACAAAAUUUGUUAAUAGUAUUCAAGCAAUGGAGCGUCAUCGAACCAGUUCUGCAUUCCACAAUGUUGGCUACCGUCUUGGCCGGCGAAAGAGGAUGUUUGAACAGCGAAGUAGAGCUUCCGACUGUUCCCUUGUUUUUGCCAUAACGGGAAUACUGCUCAUGAUAAUUGAAAACGAACUCACGUCGGCACAGGUAGUCACCAAGGACUCGAUUUGGUCAUUAAUUCUGAAGUCCUUAAUUACGUGCUCAACCCUCGCUCUGAUUGGAUUUAUUAUCCUAUACCACACAAUUCUUGUCAGGGUAAGAAUGCCUCAUGCCUCAAAUUUUAACCCAGAAAUUCUCUCUUUCGAUGACUGCAUAGAAGACUGGCAAAUCGCGUGGGAUCGCACGCGAGUCGCAAGACUUGUGAUCGAAAUCCUCGUGUGUGCGAUCCAUCCCGUGCCCGGUAAUUUCACCUUCACCUGGCCCUCCUCCUAUUACCUUUUUGGUGGCACCAUUCUCCUCUCUUGUGCCCACUGCAAAAACGACACCUUGGAUCCCAACUUACUAACAACUGACACAUCUGUUCCCAGGGUUAGCUCUGUUUCAGGGAGUCCCCACGUAAUCUUCCCCUCGAACAAGGUGGUUUCGAUCGACAUCAUCCUUUCCCUGCCCAUGUUUCUCCGGCUCUAUCUCAUUUUCCGUGUAGUUGUAUUGCGAUCCAAACUCUUCACUGACACCGGUUCAAGGAGUAUUGGGGCCAUGAAUAAGGUGAACUUCACAACGCAGUUUGUCUUCAAGACCUUUAUGACGAUCUGUCCAGGCACGGUGCUGGUCGCCUUCAUUCUCGGGUUUUGGGCUGUGCUCGCGUGGAUGCUUAGGGCGUGCGAACGCGUCCACGACCCCGUGUUCGAAGAUAUUUUCAAUUCCAUGUGGCUAGUAGCUGUGACAUUCCUAAGUAUUGGCUAUGGAGAUGUUGUCGCGAACACUUACUGCGGUCGUGCUAUAUCCAUAGUCACGGGAGUUUUGGGCUCACUCUGUACCGCGCUCGUGGUGGCUGUGUUUGCAAGGCGACUUGAACUGUCUAAGGCGGAGAAGCAUGUCAUUCACUUCAUGAUGGAAAACGAGCUUACUAAGCAGGCAUGUUGUGGUUAUGCCACGAAUCUAAAUGGCCCAUUCUAUAUUCAGAUGAAAUAUUAUGCGGCAAACGUUCUACGAGAGACUUGGCUAAUUUACAAGCACACCAAGCUGGUGAAAAAACUUAACGCCUCGACAAUUAGGAAGCACCAGCGGAAAUUCCUUCGAGCCAUUCAUGGACUUCGACAGGUGAAAUUAGAACAGAGGAAGUUGCAGGACAAUGCCAACUCUCUGAUUGACUUGGCUAAAGUACGACAGUCAGGUUUAAUUUAA